GGGUUAGUAAAAGUUGGGAGAGGAGCUCCAGAGAGAGAAAGAGAGAGAGAGACUGGAGGAGAGAGAGAGAGAGAAAGAGGGGACGAUUCAUCGGCUUUAUGGCGAACACUAAACACUGGCUGAUAAAACGCUUCUUCUGUUGUUGACUCGGUCUGCAGACAGACACAGAGACAGACAGAGAGAGAGACAGACAGACAGACAGAGAGAGACAGCGAGGGAAGCAGAGAGACAGACGACUUUCUCUGAAGUUGCAGCCAGAAGAGGAGCUAUAACGACCUGCUGUAUUUGUGGAUUUGUCAAACGAAGGAGAGGAAAGAAACACAUGAGUUAAAACAAACUAAAAGUUGUAGUUUGGGGGCGUCGUGGUGGACCAGUCGGUAAAUGUUGGGACAUUGUAGGAGAGCAUAAACUGCUCCAGCCAACGGUCGCUCGCUCGACGGUUGGUCGAGCUGUCAAACACCCGAUGACGACUGCAAACUGCCCCGGCAACGAGGAGCUGGACUUCAGGCUGAUCUUCGGAGAGGACGGCCAGCAGCAGCCGCUAGGCCCCGCAGAUCUGGAGCCUGAUGACAACACGUCGUUCUACAUCCUAAAUGUGGGCCAGCCCCAGUCUAUGGUCACCAACCACCAGUCUAUUGGCCUGCCUCGUCAUGGCAUGCAGUCCCACUCCCAGAUCAUCAGCACUUCCCCACGCCUUCACUCACACAAACCGGGAUCUGAGCCUCCGUGCUAUGAGGCACAUGACUCCAAGUACGGCAGCUCCCCUCUGCUGCCCUCCGCUGCUGUGGAGGCACCGAAGGCCUUUGAGUGCCCCAGUAUCCAGAUCACCUCCAUCUCCCCCAGCUGCCAGCAGGAGAUGGAUGCCAAUGAGGAGGAUAUGAGGGCCAAUGGCCCUGAUGGGGACUACCAUGGCGAGAGGCCCCUGUCCAGAGACCACCUGUAUUUGCCCCUGGACCACUCGUACCGGGACUCUUCGCUCAGCCCUAGUCCAUGCAGCAGCCUCUCCUCUAGGAGCUGGUUCUCUGAUGCGUCCUCCUGUGAAUCAUUCUCACACGUCUACGACGAUGUUGACUCAGAGCUAAAUGAAGCGGCAGCCCGGUUCACCCUGGGCUCCCCGCUUACAUCCCCAGGCUGCGUCUCCCCUCAAACCAGCGGCGUGGUUUUGGAGGAGCAGCCCCACUGGCAGCACCACCACCCCGCCUUCGUGCACCACUCCCACUCCAUCAGCCUGUCACCUCGACAGUCGCCCUGUCACUCGCCACGCACCAGUGUCACAGAUGAAAACUGGCUUAGCCCACGGCCACCCUCCAGGCCGUCCUCACGUCCCACCUCGCCCUGUGGCAAGAGGCGCCACUCUAGCGCCGACAUCUGCUACCCCGUCUCAUUGUCUCCUCAUCACUCACCCUCGCCCACGCCAGGACCUUCACCUAGGGGCAGCGUGACAGAGGACACCUGGGUUGGCAGUCCUUCUGUCGGCAUGUCACCCUUCCAGUGCUGCCCGUCUGAAGCAGACAUCCCAUCCAAGACAAGGAAGACCUCACAGGACAGAACAUCUAUGCAGACGGGGAAAGGGGAGCUGGGGCUAGAUGACCAAGGAAAUAUGUCUCCUAAUCUAGACUCUCCGUCAGACGAGGGCCUGCACAGCCUGAAGAAGGACGGGCCCGGGGAGCAGUUCCUCUCAGUGCCCUCUCACUUCUCAUGGAAUAAACCCAAACCUGGUCAUACACCUAUAUUCAGGACCUCCUCACUGCCUCCUCUAGAUUGGCCGCUGCCAAGCCAGUUUGGCCAGUAUGACCUGAAGAUAGAGGUGCAACCCAAAGCCCACCACCGAGCGCACUACGAGACUGAGGGCAGCCGAGGAGCCGUCAAAGCAGCGUCCGGUGGCCACCCGAUCGUCAAGCUCAUUGGCUACAGUGAGAAGCCCAUCAACCUGCAGAUGUUCAUCGGAACAGCAGACGACCGUUACUUGAGGCCGCACGCCUUCUACCAGGUGCACCGGAUCACCGGGAAAACCGUCGCCACAGCCAGCCAAGAAAUUGUAGUCACCAGCACCAAAGUUCUCGAAAUUCCUCUCCUGCCUGAAAACAACAUGACGGCCGGUAUCGACUGCGCUGGCAUCCUUAAGCUGCGGAACUCGGACAUCGAGCUGCGGAAGGGGGAGACGGAUAUAGGGAGAAAGAACACGCGGGUCCGCGUGGUGUUCCGCGUGCACAUCCCUCAACCCAAUGGGAAGGUGCUGUCGCUGCAGGCCGCCUCGAUUCCUGUGGAGUGCUCCCAGCGUUCGGCUCAGGAGCUGCCCCAGGUGGAGAAAUCCAGCCUGACCAGCUGUCUGGUUAGCGGGGGAGAAGAAAUGGUCAUCACCGGCUCCAACUUCUUCCCAGAGUCCAAGGUCAUCUUCCUGGAGAAAGGCCCUGAUGGACGACCACAAUGGGAAGUUGAGGCAAAAAUACUGCGUGAGAAAACUCAAGGAUCGUGCAUCGUGGUGGAGGUCCCUCCCUACCACAGCAAGUCUGUGGGCUCAGCUGUGCAGGUGCAGUUUUAUGUCUGCAAUGGCAAGCGGAAAAGGAGCCAAUCGCAGCGCUUCACUUACCUGUCAGUCAUGGUGAAACAGGAGCACAGAGAAGAGCUGGACCUCUCUGCAGUACCCCCUAUGUCCAUGCCCCUGGCACAUGCUGCCAGUCUGGUGCGCACCCAGCUGCCUUCUCCUGAGCAGUGCCACCCAUCGGACGGCCUUCUGUCCAGCUCCCCUCACGGCCUGGCCGCCGGCUCCGGACCUGGCCUGCUACCCCUGCAGGCCCCCUGCCCCUCCCUAGGCUCCCCGUCUUUCCAGCACCUGUCUCACCUCCAGGGCCGCAGCUUGCACCACCCACCCGCAGACUGCCACAUGACGUUCCACCCGAGCUCUGCCCCUGCUCCUCUUCCUGCUCCUCCCCGGCCCUCCUACCAGCCUAUGCAGCACAGCCACGGUCACAGCCAUAGCCUGCCCUACAACGGCCAGUCCAGCCUUCCUCCUCAGGGCUACGAGAGGAUGCCCUUUCAGCACAGCCCCAGUGCAGCGUCUCACCCAAUGAGCAUGGGAAUGGUGUACCCUUCCUCCCCUUGCUCUUCACCCUCAGCUCCCUCCUCUUCAACUACCCACCCCAUUGCUGGUUCUCCCCAGAGCCAGCAAUCAAUGCUCAACCCGUCAUCCCCACACAUGCACACACUCGGAGGCUAUCACUGCUCCCCGAAUCCCACCCAGGUGCCCUCUCCUGGUGGCCACCCCCUCAUGGGGCAGCACUCCUCCCAACUGCAGAGGGCUAUGGGCUACCACCCGGUAAGUCAAAGGUCAGCCUCCUGUCCCACACCGUCCAGCGUCCCUGCUCCAAGGAUGAUCCCCUCUCCCCACUCUGGGCCUUCUUCCCCUCAGCUCCACUCGCUGCCCUACCACUCUCCCACCUCAUCCUCCCCCACCUCUUGUGGCAGUCCUCUGGGGCCCAUGCAGCAGCAGCAUUCAGGACAGCCCUCUCCCCAGGCUACGAGCCCGGUCAUGGCCAGCCUGUCCCCGGUGGCAGCAGGGCCUCUGGUUCACCCUCUAAGCCCGCAGGGGCACUUCCCCUCGGAGAGAGACGGAGAGAGACUGAACAUCAAGCAGGAGCCGGAGGAGAAGGAGCCCACCUUCCGCACCAUCGGCCUACAGGACAUCACGCUGGACGACGUGAAUGAAAUCAUCGGCAGAGACAUGUCCCAGUCCCCCAGCACUCAUGGUCCUCCAUCAGCACACAACCAGUCAUAGCCCAGCCCACGCUCAGGCCCUGACGCAGCCUUCUGGGUCGUGAACCACCCCCUCUAACUCUUGACCCCGGACCAACCGGUCCUGGUCCAGGUGCUGGUCUUGUGUGCGAUGAGACAAGAGGGCAGAUGGAAAUAAGAAAGAUCGUGGUCAAAGACAGAAUACAGUUGGAGAUGGACCUGCUAGACCAGCAGCCUGACAAGAAGACACUCUCAUUUGUCUCCUAUUUCAUUUAAAACUAUUUCUCUUAUUAAGGGAUUUAGAUACUCACAACUUCACACAGAUUAAAGAGAAAGGUGAGCAGGAGAAUAAUGUUGAGUUACAGCGAGGUUGAAACGGUUGGAGAAUAAGACCCGUCCCUCUUCAUUAGGUGUGUGCCUGCCUGCCCUCUCAAAGCCCCGCUGUCUUCCUGGCCAAUCAGCUCUCCACAACUGUGGAGCUCUCGUUUGUUUUUUAAAUAACUCUCUGUAGUGGAGACAAUACAACAGCGUGUGUUGUCUUCCCCCUCUCACCAGCAUCGACCUUCACGAAUGAAGACGUCUCGAGACAUAUAAGCAUAAGAGAAACGCAGGAGUGCACAGUGUUCUCGCAGGAAGCCAGAGAAGGUUGUUUCAGUACUCUGAAGUGAAAGAGGCAACAUUUCUUUUAUUGGAUACUAAAACGCUGCAAAAUAUUGUGGGUUUCUCUGAGCGAGCAACAGCAAAAGUGUUGCAUGAUGUAGCUAAACUAAUCACACUUGGAAAAUCAAUUACUAGCUGUAAAAUUGCAUUACCAAAUUCAAAUCAAACCACCCUGAAGGAUCAGAAUUUCAAUUAUCAGUAAAAAAAAAAAAUUGGAAACUGGCUGAACAAUCCCAGUUUUUCGUUCUUGGCUCAGUGACGACGACACUGUCCACUCCACUUGUUUUUCUCCCUUUUUUUAAUGAUAAGCCCAUUCAGGUCUGGAGUGCAGGGGCCCGGCAGGGAGGACUCCUCCGGCGCUGGUCUGGGAUCUGCAACCUGCAACAUUCCACAACUUUUAGUAACCUUGCAGCCGUGUAGAUAUCUGUACAUGAACCCCCGCUCCCCCCUCUCUCUCUUCCUCCUUCUGUCUCUUCAUCAUUUACCUCCCUCUCCUGUGUUUCUUUAUUCAAGUUGAACAAAUGCCUUAUUAACACUUAGCAGCUUUGAAUGGUAGCUAAAGCUUUUGCUGUUGUUGUUGUUGUUGUUGUUGUUGUUGUUUUGCACAGCUGGCUUUGAGUGUGACUAUAAUAUUGUUUCGGAAAGAUGACUUCAUGAAUCCUGACGAGGGAUGAGUGGGUUUCAGGACUGAGUUAGCCCUCUAAUUUUCAAAGAUAUUUGAAGAUGCCCCGUUAUUUCCACGUUACAGAGAAGGUCGUCUGAAAUUUCUUUUUCAUGCAAUAACUCCCCAAAUCUCCCAGGGGCCCUUGUGUGCCUUCAAAUUCCUAACAGCCACCAUACCUGUUGAUGGCGUGACAUAUAAUGGGAAAAUGAUCUGAUGAAAAGUAUUUUAUACAUAAAGAUGUUUAUAUAUUGCAUUUAUGUAUUGUCCCCCACCCCCUUUAAUGAACAAGGUAAAAAAAAGAAAUCCCAACAUCUGGAUGCACUUCCCCUGUUUGCAACAAUCAAUGUUUGCUGUUCGCAAUCAAACUCCUUAAUCGUCUCCAGAAUGGUGUCUACUCACGAUGAUGUAUUCAUAUUUCUUAUUCUGACAGAUAUGCAGUGCCUGUACGGCAGCAAUAACACAGUCUCGAGGACAGUCGGGCGUGGAUGUGAACGGACAGAUUUCCUUUGGCUUUUGUUUGCCUUAAGCUUGACAAUGAUGCUCCUGCAUGUGAGAGCUGAGGAGUAUCGCUUAUGACGGUUUGAAGUCAGUUUCCAGGUGAAAGUGAUUCUGCUAUGCAUUACGAUUCUGCCUAAUGCCUUUAAAAACGAGGAUAUAAAAAAGACAAAAAAGAAAAAAACAGACCUUGAUGCCUAUAGAAGUAGACUUGUUGUAGAUGCUUGAUUGAUUGUGUUAGCAUCCUGGAGUU